GUGGGAACAUCUUAUCGAGACUGGAGUCGGCUACCAAUCGUCCAUCCACAACAACAACGUGUCGCGUAAUUAUUUUCCCCUCUUGUUUAUAAAAUUCAGCGCAUUAAAUUGUAAAUACACUGCAAACUUUUGCCAAACAACAACAAAAGUACUCGGCUUGCGUUGGAAAAGCGCAACAACAGCAACACGAAUUUCAGCAACGAACGGGAAAAUCAUUUAUCGAACGGGCAGUGAAGAGUUAUUAAUUAGGCGAAAACACCAAUUGAAGUACAAAGCGAACCCCCAAAAAACCCCAGCCAGCUAUCCAUUAAGUGCAAAAUUUGCAAAAUUCUCACUAGACAUAACGAAUAAAAGCACGGCGGCUACACUCGCAGAAACAGAAAAGUAUUACGGCGGAAGGAGUGAAAAAUCGAGGGGAACGGACCCACUACCGCUACAAUGGCUGCCAAUAACUUGCGACAAAUACCGCUUACCUGCAGUGGACAUACGCGGCCAGUAGUUCACCUGGAUUUCAGCGACAUCUGCGACAGCGGCUACUUUCUCAUCUCGGCCUGCAAAGAUGGCAGCCCGAUGCUGCGGCACGGCGACACCGGGGAUUGGGUGGGCACCUUCGAGGGACACAAGGGCGCCGUGUGGAACGCCACCCUCAAUAGGAACGCCACUUUGGCCGCCUCCGGAGCGGCGGACUUUACCGGAAAAGUGUGGAACGCGGUGAGCGGUGCCGAGAUCCAUAGCUUCCAGCACAAGCACAUCGUCAAGAGCGUGGCCUUCGACAUGGAUUCCGAGAACAUAGUGACCGGCAGCAACGAGAAGCUGGUGAGGGUGUUCAACCUGGAGCAGCCGGAGGCACAACCAGAGGAGUACGCCGGCCACACGGGGGCCAUCAAGCGGGCACUGUUCUGCCGCGGCGAUAAGUGCAUCAUAUCGGCGGCCGAGGACAAGACCGUCCGCCUGUGGGACCGCAUGACGGGCAUCGAGGUGCAGCGCCUGCAGUUCAACAGCAACCCAAACAGCCUGGAGAUCUCCAGCGACAAUCACAUCCUGACCAUAUCGCAUGGCAACUCGAUUAGUUUCUGGGAGAUCGACACGCUGAAGAAGCUGAAGGAGGUGAAAGUGCCGACGAACGUGGCGUCGGCCAGUUUGCAUCCGGAUAAACAUGUCUUCGUUUGUGGCGGCGAGGACUUCAAGAUGUACAAAUUCGAUUAUAUCACAGGAAACGAAAUUGAAUCCUUCAAGGGCCACUUUGGACCCGUGCAUAGCGUGAAAUUCAGCCCGGAUGGUGAGCUCUACGCCAGCGGCUCCGAGGAUGGCACUCUCCGGCUGUGGCAGACCACCGUGGGCAAGACCUACGGCCUCUGGAAGUGCACGGAGCCCUCGGAUCUGGGCAAUUCUCUCAGCUCGCCGCGCGAGGUGCAGGCGAACUGAUGUUGGCGCAGCAGGAGUCGCUGCUACACAGCCCACGCUGCACCGGCGACCAGCAACGCAAGGGCACGUGAUCCGGAGCAACGGCUGAGAUCCGAUUAUCAAAAGAACAACUCGUAAUGUGGGCUACAAUAACGAUUUUUCAUAUUCCAACGCUGAACUCUCUCAUUGGCAUUAAAUGAUAAUCACACACAAAACUACAUUGUGAAAUGCAAUAGAAAUAAAUAACUUAAGUGUCGCAUUUGUGACGUGAAUGGA